AUGGGAUGUGCGCCCUCCGGCCCUCAAGACGGUGGACAAAGUCUGGACGAACGAUUCGCUGCACCACCACCGCUGGCAGUGAGCAUUGGUAGUGGUGUGAGAAGUGGUGACGGCCUACAGCACCACAUCAUAUUCAUUUUUGGUAGGAAUGUGUUAUGAUG